AUGAUUUUUAGCAAAGAAACUGGAGCUAAAACCUAUACUGACCCACGUCUUGCUCUGCCCUUCAAAAGAACGCCUAACGGCCGCCCCAUUACACGUCCCAAAUUUGACCAGUUUUCCACUGUGACCGAGGUGCUAGACGAUUGUGAUGUAUCAGGAAAACAUGUAGUUUUGCUUGGCGGAACAGGAGGUGUCGGGUGGUAUCUUGCAAAAGCCUUGACAUCUCGAGGUGCAAUCGUAACAUGCCUAUCACGAAACCCACCCACCACUGACUGGCAGCCUUUCCCCGGUCCGGGUUGCGUUCCCUCCUCAGCCCGUUCCCCUUUUUGGGCAUCUGUGGACUUAACUCAACUCAAAUCGGUUGUCGCAUUUGCCAAAACAUACAUAUCGUCAUCCUGGCCACUUGACUCUCUUGUCCUAUUGGCUGCGACGGUCCCCGAAUCUGGGGACGCCAUCGAAUGCGCAGGCGGUUUUAAUAGCACCUUACAAGUCAAUUUCAUGGCGCAGGUCCUUCUGGCACGGCUUUUGCACCAGCGCCUUUGUCAGGCGCCACAAUCAACAAUUACCUUUGUCUCCUGCGAGGCUUACCGAGCGUCAAGCAUAAUUGAGGCCGAAGAUUUUUAUGAGGCGCUGGAAUCAAACGGGCUUGCGUCCUCUACCACAUUGGGUAGAGUUCAGCUUUAUGCCAACACAAAACACCUCCAAAUUCUAUUUGCGAAAGCCCUCCGACAGUACCAGUUGUGUCGUAAGAGACGGGCCCCGCAUAUCUAUGUCUGCUCCCCUGGGAAUCUGAUCUGGAACAGCAGAAUCAUCUCCCGCGCCAGCUGGACAUGUUGGUGGUGGCUAAAAAUUCUGCAGUUUCUAGCUUAUCCCAUUUCGAAAAACAUGGAGUGCGCUGCUGCUACAAUCGCUUAUUGUUCUGUACAUCCUGGCGCUUGUGGACACCGCAGUGUGAAUGAUUCUGCGAGCGACAACUUCUACUUCAGUGGAUGCGUUUCACUCCCGCUAGCAGAAGUCAUCUUCAAGCCAGAAGUCGUCCGUGCUGUGUGGGUACGAGCAAAUGCGCUGCUUGAGCGACACUUUCCACUUCCGCCAUGGGAGUAA